CUAAUCCCAUUAUCAAUCUCCCCCUUUCUCAAGCUCCGCUUCUGCCUGUCUUCGCCUCAGUCAUUGAUUGCCGCCACCUACCGCCGUCUCCAACAGCUAGCCGUCGUCGUCGCGCCGCAACCCGUCCUCGCCGGUGCAAAGUCUGGUCCUUUCUUUGCCGUUUUGUGUGGUGAUUCUGCCACCGUCCAUUACUUUUCGUCGCAAUCAACAGCAUCGCCCCAUCUCUCUGCCAAUUUCUCCUCCUCUUUUCCGGUGAAAGCUGCAGAAUUUCCGAGCGGGCCGGUUUUACGAGCUUAG